AUGGCGGACGAGCUCUUUGACGGCGCGUCCCCGAGCGCCCAGCACACGGUCCGCCCGCGCCCGUUCACGUGGGACGAGCGACGUCAACUGACCAUUGACAUCUCGAAUUUGGCGCCACCGGACCUCGCAGGUGUGCUGCUUCUUAUCCGCAAUUACGUUAAAGUACUGGAGAUGCACGAGCUCCUGCCAUACAAACAGCGAGUACAGCCCUGGGACAGCCAGAAACAACCGAAAACGUGUAUACAAGGGCACGAUAUACCAAGUCAUGAAGCAGUGGGUGAUUAUCAAUUGCAGUGCAACUUCCGACUGGAUCACGCCGACGAAGAGCUCCUCCAGCAGCUCCGUCAGUACGUGGACGACUGUUACGUGCCCCACUUUGUAUCUAAGGAGUGCUGCAGUAUCUGUGAAGGGCUCUGGUCUUGUGGCCAUGUACUUUACUGUGGGAACGACUCGUGUCCCGUGCGUGUGCACGAGGAAUGCUUUGGCGUGGUCCUGAAAAAGCACGACAACGGACCGUGGCGCUGUCCCUCGUGUCUCCUCGGCAAGCAGCUGACGUGCGCCGUCUGUAUGCAAUCUGGAGGCCCGCUCAAGCCUGUAGCCAUGUCGGAGGGGUCCUCUAGUGACGAGCAAAAGUGGGUUCAUGUGAUCUGUGCAUUGGCUAUCCCAGAACUUGUCAUGAGAGAUGUACCUAGUAUGGAGCCAGUAGACGGCUUUGAAGAAAUCGAAAAUGGCAGGUUCCGCUAUCUAUGUGCGAUCUGCCGCAAGCGGGGUGGUGCCUCGGUCAUCUGUGAAGCAGAGACCUGCAAUGUGGGCGUCCACCCGCAGUGUGCAGCUGAUGCUGGACUCAUGAUUGGCAACGAGGCCAACUUGCUUGGUGUGUAUUGUGACAAGCACUUGCCCGCAUCGCGCAUUCCAGGUGCCAAGCGCUGGAUUAGUGACGAAGAUCUAGUGGAGGAGAUUAUGAGUGAGUACUCGAUCGACGAAGACUUCGACGAUGAUGAACUUGACACGCCACCGUACAGUGAUGCCGAGCGAUAUGCUUUUGUACUCGAAUCGACGCCGUACUUGUACAUUAAACAGCAUUUGCUAGGAGCUGCAGCAACGCUCCAGUUCGGCACGGCGGCUUGCAGGCCUGCAGCUUGUAAUGCUUCAAGUGACAUCACUCGUAAGAUGUUCGCGGGUGCCAAGAUUACUGCGAAUGCUUACACCCCACCGGCUAUGGUCGUCCAGGGAAUGACUACACAGAGACCGCUGGUUUUUCCGCCACCAGACUUGACUGCGAACGAAGAGCGUGUGGGACUGCCCGAGUUUCCGAAAGGAAGACAUGCUGUCGGAGCUAUCUUGGACUUUCUAGUUAAGGCGCAGAAUGAGUGGAAACGUGCGUGUGUGCUGCAAUGGGACAGCAAGAAGAACAUGCACCUGGUGCAGAUUGUCGCGUCCGGGCAGAAACUUUGGGGCAAGCUGGACGCGGACAACUCGUUGAUUUUGUAUCUUCCAGACGAGGAGAACCUCGUGGAUGGUCCAAUUAUAAAGCUCAUUCGUCCAGUGACCUUGGGUUUGGUGCAGUGGCGUCCAAAGCCGCGCCAGUUUGCACGAGUAUUAUGA